GUUCACUAGAUCGAGAAAUACAUUUAUACUUUGCAUCACCUGCCUCCCCUUUCUGUUCGAAGGGAAGAAGAAAGCCAGCUGCCUUUCGUAGACCGCUGUCCCUGUGUUCGAGAAGUCCGUCUUGAGCCCGACCCUUGAGCUUGCUUUGAACCUCUGAACCUUGAGCCCGACCAGCCUUACCGCGCAGCGGCAGGCUGGCAGACAUGAACGUCUCCCAGCCUAGAUGCCAGCUCUGAGUCUGAGCUUCUCGAUUGUUGAGGGAAAAGCUGGCGGCUGCCUCGGGAGUCGGGCCUGGCAGCUCGCAUCAUCCUGACGCCGACGCCGACGCCGACGAACAGGCUCGUUUUCUGGCAUCUGGCCGGCAAGCUAUAGCCGGCUAUAGUCUUUCGCUUUUGAACACCAAGCUCUUGCUGGAGGCUGUGUUUUGGGCUUCGCUGCCGCUGAAAAUCACCAAUUGAUUCGGCUGAAGGAGUGCUUGGGCCCAUGGAGGACGAAGUACCUUCCUAUCAGGAGAAGAAAAAGAGGAAGCCAUUGAGAGAGAUCCCUCCGGGUGGGGUGCUGAAGGCCGUUAUACGAGGAGGACAAGAUGGAGUGCCGGGUCCGAGAGAGGGUCAGCAGGUCAUUCUUCACUACGUCGUCCGGCGCCCUGACGACACCCCUGCAGUGCUAGAGUCCACCCGAAAGGAGUUCGGAGGCACUGGCACUCCAAGGCGUUUUUUGCUGGGAAACGAGCAAUCGUUGUGGGCAUGGGAGUUUGCCGUCCCCAGCAUGCGGAAAGGCGAAAUAGCCAUGCUGAAGGUCCAGCCCGAGUAUCAUUACGGUGACAAGCAGUGCCCCUGGAGCCGGCCCGAACACAUCCCCUCUGACGAGCAGCUUCUGUUUGAGAUCGAGCUUCUUGACUACAUGGACGUCAAGGUAUUGACCGAGGAUGGGAACGUGGUGAAACAGGUUCUAAGCGAGGGUGAUGGCUGGGAGAAUCCUCGACCACCAUACGAGGUGACAGUCCAGGCCCGCGGUGUUGUUUCCGGGAUGGACACGGCGGUCUUUCCAGCAUCGGAACCCCUCGAGUUCGCCAUGGGCAGUAGCAAGGUUCCUAGGGGCCUGGAAACGGCGUUGCAAAACAUGCUGGUCAAGGAGAAGGCGCGUGUCUGGGUGGCGGGGCCCGAGCAGCUGGAGCCGCGGGGCGGCGCGGCGGCCGUGCCUGCGGGAGCGGACGAGAUCGACUGCACGCUGGAGCUGCUGAGCAUGAACCAGGUGCGAGAUGUGAUGGGCGAUGGCGAGAUCACGAAGCGGCGACUGGUCCACGGAGAAGGGGACUUCCCGAUGGACUGCCCGCUGGAGGACAGCACCCUGGCGGUGCACGUGACGGGCCGUUUGCCGGACGGGACCGUUUUCUGGGACACCCACGGUAGCGUCGGGGGCGGCGAGAGCGCCCCGCUGCCGGAGGUGGCGGGACAGCCGUACGAGUUCGCCACGGGGGAAGGCCUGGUUCCAGAAGGGCUGGAGAGCAGCAUCCGGCUGAUGCUGAAAGGGGAGCGCGCCAUCAUUCACAGCUCCGCUAAGUACGCCUACGACAAGUUCCCCAGGCCGGGGGGUGUCCCCGAGGGCUCCCCGGUGGUCUGGGAGGUGGAGCUGGUGUCGUUCGAGAAGGUGCGCAACUGGACGGACCUGGACAUGGACGCGGUGCUGCAGGAGACGGUCAAAACGCGCGAGCAGGGCAACCGCCUGUUCAAGCAGGGCAAGUUCAAGUUCGCCAAGGAAAAGUACCUCAAGAUUUUGCGGCAGCUGAAGCGGCUGCAAAUGGGCGCAACAGCCGAGCAGGCGGAGGCGAUCGCUAGCCAGCGCGUGGCGCUGCAACUCAACCUGGCGGCGGUGCACCACAAAAUGGAGGAGUACGCCGAGGCGGUCAAGGUCGCCUCUGAGGUCCUGAGCGAGGACCCGGGCAACGCGAAGGCGCUCUUCCGGCGCGCGCAGGCGUACACGAUGACGGGCGAUUUCGAGGAGGCGGAGCGCGACUAUCGGGACAUGCUCGCAGCCGACCCCUCCACAGACGCAGACGCCAAGGCGGGCGUUGCCAAAAUCAGACGGAGAGAACAGGAGUACCGGGCGAAGGCCAAGCAGCAGUUUGGAGGCAUGCUCAAAAAGCGGCCAGGCGCGCUGUCGGACCAGAUAGAGAGAUUCGCGGUCGAUCCGAAGCCCGGACCAGCUGCAUCUACAGCAGCCCAGGAACGGGAAGAUGCGGCCGAGGUGGAGGGGGAAAUCAGUCGGGAAACGCAAACGAGGUCAGAAGGGCUGUUGGAAACGGACAGGCGAGGCUCGUGGCCUUGGCCUAACCUGUUUCGAAGCUUACGGAACCGAUUUUGUACGAUCUUGUAAGCUGCCUCAGGAAAGUCUGUACAUACGAUUGACGAGAACGGCAAAACGGAAGGGCUUUCGGUGAAGCGGUACUAGCCCCGCUCAGCGGCUGCAACUGCCACCUUCCACCUCAAGCAGGCUUGAAGGUCAUCCCGUUUGACUCACGAAGUCUUCACGUUCGACAAUACAUGCGACGCUCAAUUGGCGCGGUUUAAUGCCGACUGCCCAUAUCCCUCACUGCAAGGUGAGCCUGAAAUCUUUAGGUGACCGGAACUCGUGAUGAACCGCCAAAGAGAUGC